AUGCUACGAAUUGCUUCACUCCAUUUUUCCUCGCUAUAUCGCACUACUUUCUGCUCACUUCGAUGUCAAUCGUCAAGGGUUACCGUUUUGUCUGGACCAAAUAAUCACCCUGUAGAAUUUCAGAACGCCUUUGUAAAGAAACUCGUCAGCGAAGAACUAAUUACCAUCCCUGAUUUCAUAUCCGAAGAGGAGGAGCAAAAUCUUCUUUCAGAAAUUGUUCCAAUUUUUUCGCGACUUUGCUAUCAAACAUCACACUGGGAUGACGUGAUAAAAGAUUUUCGUGAGACAGAGCGAAAAAACUGGUGGGCCUUGAAUCGACCGGUCAUCGAUCGGUUGCGUCAAAAGACACUGGACACUCUGAAGGCGGAACCGCGUCCCGAGGGCACUCAAAAGGUCUCCAGUUCCAACGACCUCCUUCCUCACAUCCAUGUUCUUGACUUGGCUCCCACGGGGUGGAUCAAACCCCAUGUGGAUAGCAUUCGGGUAUGUGCAAAUCAUAGUAAGAACAAGACAUGGCUAUUAUUUUUAGAGAACGGUAAUCCGUAG